AAUUUUGUGGGCUUAGACGGGUGUUUCUACUAUGUCUGGUUCACCAUCGACUCUUCUUCGCGAGGAGGGCAAUAAGGUAUACCAGUCGGCAUGUGCGCAUGGAAUUGGCCAAGUCAUUCAGAUUGAUAGGCUUCAGAGGGCAAGGAACUUGUAUCAGAGGGCUUAUGAUGCUGAUGGAACUGACGACGACAAAUGUUCUGCAGCCAAAAAUCUGGCUCUUUGUGAAUGGCGGAUAGGAAAAUUGCAAAUUGCAAAACAGGGGAGAAUAGAACUUAUCGUCCACAACUUUAAAGAGGCUCUGAAAAAUUAUCAGUAUGCUUAUAUAAAAGGCAACAUAUGCAAAGACUCAAAUUGGGUUACUGAUAUUGCCUCCAAAUAUGUUGAAUGCUUCAGAGAUGUUGAGAAAUUUCUUUCCGAAUUUUCAUUUGAGUGCAGGAUUAGGUAUCUUACAUCAAUUGUUCAACUUAUAUCUGUUCCCGAAGUUAUUGCUAAUGUUUAUGUUCAACUUACCCAGCAUCAUUUUCACGAGGGGAUCAAUGCAUGGCAAAAAGGAGAUUUUAUGAAAUGUAAACAUCAAAUGGCUGAAUGCCACUUCCCUAUGCACGAGGCUAGAAAACAUGGGAAGGAACAACCAGAUAUUCUCAGUGAGUUAGAAGUAUUAGAAAAUGAUGUACAUAUGCACAUGUGCAUUGCAGAAUCAUCAAAAGCCAGACAAACAGGAGACGAGUUACUGGAGAAAAUUACCCGUUACUACGAGACUAUUGACAUGAACAUGGUAUGGGAUAUCAUAGAUUGGUACAAACAGUCGAUUCUCCUCGCCAGAGAGCUGGACAUGGAACAAGAGGCAAUAUCACUAGCGAGGAUUGGAAACGUAUAUGCAAAGGUUUUGAAAUUCAAACCUCAGGCAAAGGAGUAUUAUAAAAGGGCCAUUCAGAUGGCUGCGUCGAUGGCACCUCGCACGUUCGUUGCAUGUGAGUGGUACAAGGAAUGCACUGAAAUGCUGAAAAAAUACCAAGAGGAAACGGUUAUGCAUGAACAAGAACAGAAAGAUAAGGAAAAAGAAAAGGUAAAGGAAGAAAUUAAGGGCGAACUGGAAGGGAUCAAAGAGAAACACCUGAAAAUGACCAAUAUUCAAUUUUUAAAAUAUGUCUAUGUCACUUACCCACCGAAAAACGAAGCAUUUAAGCUGGAGAAAGACGCAGAGGAAAAUAUUAAGAAAGCUUUGCAAAAGGCAGUUACCCACUACCAUCCUGAUAGAUCUGAACCGGAAAAAAACGGAUUGAAAUGGAAAGUUAUGUCGGAAGAAAUAACAAAGUUUCUCACGAGUAGGUACGAAAUUCAAAAAGGAAUAUCUUAAAUUGCUGAAAGCUGAUGAAACAAUGACAUUUUCUUUUCAAUUAUAAACAAUAUAACGACAGAAAUGACAUUUGUACAAAUUUUAUAUCAAGGCCAGUGACUCUGCAGAAGUGAUGAUCUGAGAGGACUAUAUACACAGUUAGGUUUUUUUUGUGUAAAAAGACUUUCAUUAACAUUUUAUAUUUGCCUAGGGUAAUUUUGGCAAUUAAUUUGGGCGCCAAGUAUUUGGAAACUUUGUGGUUUAAACAUACUUGCAAUCAAAGACUCUGCAUACGAGGGUCGUUCAGUAAGAAAUACAACAUACGGUUUAUCAUAAUAAAUGUAGAAGCACUUCAUUUUAUUUUUCGCAGUCAAAAAGUACAAAUUAAGAACUAAUCAUUGAAAACUACAUGCUUUCCC